AUGGCUUCUACAUCAGCAAAGGGUCCUACAGGACUCUCCAAUCUCUUGAACAUCACUUCGGCAUCGCAAAUUGUUGGCGCUCUACUUGGCUUUCUGGUUGUUCGCUUCGUUGCCAGAGCCAUCUACCGCGUAUACUUCCACCCCCUCAGACAUUUCCCAGGGCCCAAAUUAAACGCUGCGACGCGCAUCCCGUUCCACAUCGCGAUCUGGAAAGGGACAAGGGACAAGCUCUUCCAAGACUUGCACCGAAAGUACGGCCACAUCGUCCGAGUCAAUCAUGAUGAGCUGAGUGUCACGGAUCCAAAUGCCUGGAAAGAUAUCUAUGGUCAUGGCACCAAAGGCACUGCCGGGUCUGUCCCUCACAAAGACUGGUUUAAGUACGGCAGCUCGCCCAACGGUGCGGUUAGUAUCAUUCUUGCCCGCGACCAAGACCAUAGUCGCCAACGCAAGAUCUUCACCCCCGCAUUCUCAGACCGUGCGCUCAAACAACAGGAACCGCUCUUCGUCAAAUACGUAGACAAACUUGUUACUCGGUUGAGACAAACGGUCGAGAACAACCCGAAUGAGAAGCUGGACAUGGUUCGUCUCUAUAACUUCUGCACAUUCGAUGUCAUGGGCGAUUUGACUUUCGGAGAACCGCUGCACAUGCUUGAUAAGGGCGAUUACGAUCCCUGGGUCAGCACCAUCUUUGCAAGUCUCAAGGUGGGAUCCUACUUGAGUGUGAUGAUGGCAUAUCCUUGGUUAUGGAGGGCUUUCAAGAAAUAUGUACCUGAGUCUGUAAACAAGAGGAGGAUGGAUCACUUCAACCACUCCGUAACGCGCGUCACAAAACGCCUCGACAAGGGUCGAGAUACCGAGGGUGUCGACCUCUGGGAUCUUGUGUUGGGCCAAAAGGAGGGACGAGGCUUGACCAGAGGAGAGAUGGAUGCGAACUCAUCUAUUUUUAUGAUUGCCGGAACUGAGACAACAGCUACCCUGGUAUCAGGGUUGACAUACUUGCUUCUGCGCAACCCCGAAUGCAUGGAGAAGCUCAACGACGAAAUACGUGGCGCCUUUGCCAGUGAUGCCGAUAUGACCAUGGAACAGCUCGCUGCGCUGCCGUAUCUAUCAGCCUGCCUCAAGGAAGCUUUCCGUCUUUACCCACCGGUUCCACUAGGACUUCCGCGCCUCACACCGCAGGACGGCAGCACUGUCGUGGGCCAAUUUAUACCACCCGGCGUGGUUCUGAGCAUCCCUCAACACGCGAUGUAUACACACGAGAAGAACUUCAAAAGACCUUUUGAGUUUCUUCCACAAAGAUGGUUGGGUGACCCUGAGUUUGAUGCCGACGAGAGGCAGUGCCUUCAGCCAUUCUCUAUUGGAUCUAGAGAUUGCCUCGGUAAGAACAUGGCAUAUCACGAGAUGCGUCUUAUAAUCGCCAAAACCUUGUAUAACUUCGAUAUCGAGCUUUGCCCCGAGAGCAACAACUGGGAAGAACAGGCGACCUACAUUCUCUGGGAGAAGAAGCCUCUGGUUUGCAAACUGAGGCCAGUCAACUAG